AUGAUAAAGUAUAUUACGAGAACGUAUUCAAUAAAACCGGGAAUUAAGACUUCAGGUCCAUUGUCCAAAUCUAUAGACAAGAAUAUACCGCAAUAUAGAAGAGUCAAAGCAUGGGAAAGGGACAAGAAGAACAAAGACGAUUGGUUUAGAGAUAAAUAUUCACAUAUUCAUGCAGAAAGAAGAAGGAGAAAGGAGGGAAACAGCGCUUUCAUAUAUGGACACAACAGUGUAGUGAGUGCAUUGAAUGAUGCCAAGAGAGGACGUAAAUUGUAUUAUCAUGGAAAGAACAUAAAUGAAGAGAUUGAAAAAUUAUGUGAUAGGUCUGGAAUUUGCAUAGAGAAAGUCAGUAAACAGGAAUUGAAUGCAUUGAGUGGUAACAAUGUUCAUAAUAAUCUGGUUUUAGAAGCAGCCCCAUUGAAAUUAGAUACUGCGUCCAGUAUUGACGUUUCGGAUGAUGCAAUAGAAGUGCAUACCAUGUCUGAUAAUCAGAAGAUUGUAAGAAUGAAUCGUGGGAACCCACUUGGUGUACUGAUGGAUAAAAUCACAGACCCGUUUAAUGUGGGAUCAAUAGUACGAUCUUGUUUCUAUAUGGGUGUUGAUUUUGCUCUAAGUGCCGGUAGUGUUAAUGUCGAGAAAGGAUUCUCGAGCACCAUACACAAGGCGAGCAGUGGCGCCAUUGAGAGCAUUCCAGUUUACAAUAUUGAUGAUAAAGUGAAGUUCAUCACUGCGAUGAAAGAUAAAGGAUGGGUAUUUGUUGCGGCUACUGUAGAUAGUGAUAAUUCAGAGAAGAGAAUCUUGAUGGAUGACUUACGAAUUGUAGGCGGUACCUCUGGCGUGAUUCUAGUUUUGGGCAGUGAAGGCCAAGGCAUAAGUAAAAGAGUACAACAUGAAUGUGAUUAUACAGUAGAGAUUCCAGUGAGGGCAAGGAAAAAGAAUCGUUCGGUGGAUUCAUUGAACGUUGGAGUUGCUGCAGGUAUACUGCUUGAGAAACUGACGGCAGAAAAGUAG